CGCCUCUUGUGUGUGUGUUUUUUUUUCUUUCCCUUUUUUUGGUAUUCUUCUUCUAGAAGAAAACCAGCAGCCUAUCUCGCCUCAGCAUUGACGAUAUACCACUUAAAGGGCGGAAAACAUAUUUCAAGUAGCCGACUUUUUUCAUCACCAACCGCCACUGUCGAACGUCGCAAUCCAUCCUCAACUCCCCUCAUCCCUCGCCAUCAUGUUCACUCGUGAAUGGUGGGCCAAGCGCCGGCUCAAGGUGCAAGACGAUAAGACGACAAAAGCUGCCGAGCUGACAUUGCGCCAGUCCAUCUUCCCCAUCUUCCUCGUCACCAUCCUUUUUUUCCUCUGGGGCUUUUCAUAUGGCCUUCUCGACACCCUGAACAAGCACUUUCAGGAUGUUCUCGAUAUUACGAGGGCAAGAUCUGCGGGUCUACAGGCUGCCUAUUUCGGUGCCUACCCUCUUGCAUCGCUUGGCCAUGCAGCGUGGAUCCUCCGCCACUACAGCUACAAGGCCGUCUUCAUCUGGGGUCUUUUCCUCUACGGAGUCGGAGCCCUGCUAUGUAUUCCCGCCAUCCUGGGCCGGUCGUUUGCCGGCUUCUGUAUGGGCAUCUUCAUCAUCGGUAACGGCCUCGGCUCCCUUGAGACAGCAGCAAACCCCUUCAUCACCGUCUGUGGCCCUCCCCGCUACUCGGAGAUGCGCAUAAACCUGUCCCAGGCUUUCAACGGAAUCGGGACUGUCAUCGCCCCCGUCAUGGGAUCUUACGUCUUCUUCCGCGCCCUCGACGACAAGGCCGCCCUGCGAAACGUCCAAUGGGUCUACCUCGCCAUCGCCUGCUUCGUCUUCUCCCUUGCCGUCGUCUUCCUCCUCAGCGACAUCCCCGAGAUUACCGAUGCCGACAUGGCUCGCCAGGCCGAGGAGACCCACGCAGGUGAGGGCGACCAGCCGUUCAGGAAGCAAUACCGCCUCUUCCAUGCCGCCUUUGCCCAAUUCUGCUACACCGGCGCACAGGUCGCCGUCGCCUCCUUCUUCAUCAACUACGCCGUGGAGACCCUCCCUGGCACCGACUCGGCCGUAGGAGCCCAGCUCUUCGCAGGUGGUCAGGCCGCCUUCACUGUAGGGCGCUUCUCCGGCGUCCUCUUUAUGCACUAUUUCAAGCCGCGUCUCGUCUUUGGCGGCUACCUGGCCUCGGUCUGCGUCUUCCUGAUCCCCGCAAUUGUCUUGCGUGGCAACGCUGCCAUUGCCAUGUUAUUCAUUGUUCUCUUCUUCGAAUCUAUCUGCUUCCCCACCAUCGUCGCCCUGGGCAUGCGCGGACUGGGUCGCCACUCGAAGCGCGGUUCCGGACUGAUCGUCGGUGGUGUGCUCGGCGGCGCCGUCGUCCCGCCCCUGACUGGUGCUGUGGCUGACAUUCACAGCACCCCGACCGCCAUGGUCGUGCCCCUGGCUUUUAUGAUCGCCGCCAUGACGUAUGCUGUCGCCGUCAACUUCCACCCCUGGUACCGUGACACGGCCGAUGCCUUCACCGCUGCGGAGAUUGGCAUCAAGCCGAGGACCGAUGGCGAAGAGGCACUUGAGAAGGGUGUGGUUCAUGACCACGAUGAGAAGCGGACGGAGGAGAAGAGGGUCGAGGCCGCUAUGGCUAACCCUCUAUGAUGACAUUUUGAAUGUCCAAAUGGUGAAAAUGGUGAAAAUGUUGAUUUGAUGGUUGUGUUAUAUCACCAAGAUGAUUCCCAUUCGUAUACAUGUCGGUAUAUUUGAGCUAAAGCUAGUUAAAGGCCUAUUGUUGAUUGCAGGCGAAUGUAGACCUAUAGAUACAUACUACCUUGACAUGACGAGAUCUAGUCUUUUAUUGGCAAUAGUUGGUUGUGUCCGUAG